AGAAAGUGAGGAAACGGCAUUUGUAGUCCUGUCCUUCCUUAACUAUAGUCUAUUGUCUAUUUGCUGCUAAUGAGGACAUGUUCAUUGCAUACCUAGGAGGAAUUUUUUUCCCAAUAAUUUUAUUUCUUUUUUGGUACAAGUUUAUGUAUAGUCCCUACCAAUUUUUUAAAAAGUUUGGCUUGCAUUCUCCUCCAACUGUACCCUUCUUUGGAAACAUUUUGGACAUAUUUAAAUUGGGAAAUAGUAUCAAUGCUUUAGAGAAAUGGUCAAAAAAAUAUGGUAAGGUAUUUGGAUACUAUAUUGGUGCACAGCCUUACCUUGCUGUGCUUGAUCCUGAUAUAUUGAAAGAGAUUAUGAUAAAAAAGUUUGAUAACUUCACAGAAAGAAAGGCAAGUUAAAUUCUAGCACUAUGAAUUGCGCAUUCCUUUGUUACUAAGAAAAUUAAUGAUUUUUACUCAAAAGGGAGCUUGAUAUUUUCGUGGGUCGAUAUUUUCGUGGUUUGCCCCUAGUGGGGCGUUACCGUUAGAAUGCGGAUCAGUGCGGAUUGCUGAGUGAAGGCUUUUGAUAUGAUCACUGAAAUCUCGUACAUUCAAAGUUUAAAAUUAUUACACUGAGUUAAAAAUAGUUAUUUUUACUUUAUAAAGAGUUAAACAUUGCAACAAA